ACCCAGCUUUUACUCUCGGUAUCACCUCAUCCAUCUGCACUGUAUAUCUCCAGGCCAUCAUCAUCUAAAUCAUCAACAUGAAGUGGCUCUUCACUCUACUUUCUCUCGCAGCUGUGGCCCCUGCUCUCCCCACACUUGAUCUCGCAGAUGCUCCUCCACCAGGCUCGGUCACGAUUCGCGGUGUCAGCUAUGGAGGAACCGGCUGCCCCCAGGGUACCAUGAGCUCCCAGAUCAGCAGCGAUAGGACUAUCGUAACGCUCAUCUUCGACUCGUACAUCGCCUCAAUUGGCCCCGGCAUUUCUGUAACCGAGCAGCGAAAGAACUGCCAGCUCAACGUCGACAUCAACUACCCCGGAGGCUUCCAGUACUCUAUCCUCUCCGCUGACUACCGCGGCUACUCUUCCAUCCAAAAGGGUGUUACUGGUACCCUCAAGUCAACCUACUACUUCUCUGGUCAAACUGCUCAGACCAGCACCGAGUACACUUUCCAGGGCCCAGUCAACGGCGACUACCUCAAGCACGACGAGGCCGACAGCACGUCGGUUGUAUGGUCGCCUUGCGGAACCACUGGCAUGCUCAACAUCAACUCUCAGGUCCGCCUGACCAGCUCAAACGCCAGCGCCACUGGUCUCCUCACCACCGACUCUACUGACCUGAAGUUCACCCAAGUUGUGUACGUCCAGUGGCAGAAGUGCACCACCAAGGGUUAGAUGGCUGAUUGUGAGUCGAUGUAGGCCCAGCAACAUGACUAGUUUGCUCAGUGUACAGGGGCCCUGGGUAUUCUGCACUGAUGACUUCUUGUGGAGGAGGUGCCCUCAAAGGGGUUGAUGACUUGGUUCUGCUUUUUCCAUGCUUUUUGAUAGUUAGGAUUUGUCUAAAUGAGAUGCGCAUCUCCCAA